AUGGAAACGUUUGGGUAUGUCAUCACAACGGCAACCAACUCUCAUAAGCUCGUCAAGGUUAAGCACGAACGUACGGAUGGGGUAAAAUGGAGGACGUUGAUUGGGGUGUGCUGUCUGCUCGGUUGGCUCCAGUGCUUGGGACUGGUGGAGGCACAGGUUCCCGGGUUCGGUCAAUGCCCGAAGGUGCCCGUGGUGGAUAAUUUCGACACCUACGCCUAUCUGGGCCGCUGGUACGAGCAGGAAAAGUACCCGUUCUUCUUCGAACUCGGCGGACGGUGUAUAACGGCUGACUACACGCUGAAUCCCGAUGGAACAAUUGGCGUUUUGAAUCGACAGAAAAAUUCACUAACUGGCAACGAAAAUUCAAUCAGCGGAUCGGCACGUAUCGUUCAGUCGGCGAAGCUUGCCGUUAAAUUUCCAAGCGCUCCCUUUAACGUAGAAGCACCUUAUUGGGUGAUUGGUACCGACUACAAAACGUUCGCAGUUGUUUAUGCCUGUUCGGAUCUUCGUGGGCUCAUCAGUGCAAAGGUAGCGUGGAUUCUGACACGUAAACGACACCCGGAUAUCGAGACGAUGAAGAAGGCGUAUGCUGUACUCGAUAGUGCCAAGAUCUCUCGUGCGUAUUUGACGAGAACUGACCAGAAGAACUGCGAAGAGGUGAAGAAGGUCCCUAAAAUAUUCAAAAGUACAACUAUUAAGGGAUGA